AUGGCGUUCGCGGGCCAAACACCCACAAUCAUCGUGUUGAAAGAGGGAACGGAUGCCUCGCAGGGCAAGGGACAGAUUCUCUCGAAUAUCAACGCCUGCGUUGCGGUACAGAACACUAUCAAGAGCACGCUAGGCCCCUAUGGCGGGGACCUAUUACUGGUAGACACCAACGGCAAGCAGACAAUCACAAACGAUGGAGCAACGGUAAUGAAGCUGCUCGAUAUUGUCCACCCCGCAGCCCGCAUCCUGACCGACAUUGCACGAUCCCAGGACGCAGAAGUGGGCGAUGGAACGACCUCCGUAGUUGUGCUAGCAGGUGAAAUCCUACGAGAAGUGCGCGACCUAGUGGAGCAGGAUGUAAGUGCUCAGACAAUUAUAAAGGGGUUGAGGAAGGCGAGUGCCAUGUGCAUCAACCGUAUCAAGGAGAUUGCAAUUGAUAUGAAGGAUGCUGCUGGCGGAGAGGCGAAGAAGAUCGAGACGCUGCGGCGACUGGCGGGCACAGCGAUGAACAGCAAGCUGAUCAAGCGGAAUUCAGACUUUUUCACAAAGAUGGUUGUGGAUGCCGUCCUGUCGCUGGACCAGGACGACCUGAACGAGAAGCUGAUUGGGGUCAAGAAGAUUACCGGAGGAGCGCUGCAGGACUCGCAGUUCAUCAACGGCGUUGCGUUCAAGAAGACGUUCUCGUAUGCUGGGUUUGAGCAGCAGCCCAAGUCGUUCAAGAACCCAAAGAUUGUUUGCCUGAAUGUUGAGCUGGAGCUGAAGAGCGAGAAGGACAAUGCAGAG